AUGGGUCAAGGCUUCUCUCUCGCAACGCCGUCGGCCGGCGCGGCGGGCAUAGAUAUUGCCCAGCUGCAGGAUAUCCAGUAUGAGAAGAGCAUUGGAAAUGCCCGGUUCAUGAAGAGUAUCCGGGGCAGGCAUGAACAUGGCGUCGUGCUGGUCAAGGUGCUUGUGAAGCCGUAUACGGAAGUGAAGUUGGAGAAGUACAAGAAGAAGAUUAUAGAGCAACGAAAGGCGUUGGCGGAUGUCCCUAAUGCCCUGGGCUUCCAGCGCAUCAUCGAAACCGAGACAAACGGAUAUCUGGUGCGACAGUUCAUGUACAACUCUCUCUAUGAUCGCAUGAGUACGCGGCCUUUCCUCGAGGAUAUCGAAAAGAAGUGGCUGGCCUUUCAGCUUCUUUGCGCCCUGCGAGAUUGCCACGCGCGGGACGUCUAUCAUGGCGACAUCAAGGCUCAGAACGUGCUGGUUACAUCGUGGAACUGGUUAUAUCUAACGGACUUUUCAUCUGCUUACAAGCCCAUCAUGCUGCCCGACGACAACCCCGGCGAUUUUUCCUACUUUUUCGACUCCUCUGGGCGGCGGACGUGCUAUAUUGCUCCCGAGCGGUUUUAUUCAUCCAAUGAGGCUCCGCCGCAGAACCCCAAGAUGACGUGGGCCAUGGACAUCUUCAGCGCGGGAUGUGUCAUUGCGCAGCUGUUCCUCGAAUCUGAAAUAUUUAGUCUCGCACAGCUGUACAAGUAUCGUCGGGGCGAAUACGAUCCGGUCAUUACCCAUCUGAGCGUCAUUUCGGACAAAGAUGUGCGGGACAUGAUUGCUCACAUGAUUCAGCUUGACCCAGAGAGGCGUUACUCGGCGGAGCAGUAUCUUGACUUUUGGAAGGAUAAGGUCUUUCCUAGUUAUUUCUACAACUUCUUACAUCAAUACAUGGAGCUUAUUACGGAUCCGUCUUCUGGGAACAGUCCGAUAUCUGGAGCCCAGAGUAACUUGGGCGAGUCGGAUAACCGGAUAGAUAGGAUUUUUAACGAUUUUGACAAAAUUUCAUAUUUUUUGGGAUAUCCCAACGAAAAGCAGACCGCGGAGCCGAUAAUUCCCAAAUCGAGGCUGGGGCUGGACCAUUUCCCUGUCAGGUUGAGCAUUCCGACCCACGAACACUCUGUUUCAGCAGACCUCGAACCACCAGAGGACGAUGGGACGUUGUUAUUUCUAACAUUGGUUGCCUCGGCUAUGAGGACAACAGCCCGAGCUGCGUCUAGAAUCAGGGCGUGUGAUUUGCUAUUAGCGUUUGCUGAGAGACUUACCGACGAGGCUAAGCUCGACAGGGUGCUUCCGUACCUCAUGUCACUAUUGCGUAAAGAGGAGACGGAUAUGGUGCUGGUUACAGUCAUACGAAACGUCACCCAGCUAUUGCAGCUAGUACGGACGACCACGCCAAUCAACUCCCAUGUUUUGGUGGAAUACGUCUUGCCUAGGAUGGAGAUUGCCCUUGGGACAAAAUCGUGGACUCCUAAUCCCUUGGUGCGAUUGACGUAUGCGUCUUGCAUAGGUAGCCUUGCUUCCACUGCACAGCGUUUUCUAGAGAUGGCAUCCAGUCUCAAGACUGAUGGAUCGAUGCCGAUUACCGAUCCAGAGGUUGAGCCUGGGACUAAUGGCGCCACAGCAAACUUUGAAAGUAUGUACGACAAUGCAAGCCGACAAUUAUCUGAGAUUUUAGAGAGCCAUGCAAAGCAACUCGUCGAGGAUCCAGACGCCAACGUUCGACGAGCGUUCUUGACCUCUGUGCCAGAUCUCUGCAUGCACUUCCAGGACAAUUCAAAUGAUAUCCUACUUUCGCAUUUGAUUACCUACCUCAACGACGGAGACUGGAUGUUGAAGAGCGCCUUCCUGGACACGGUCGUGGGCAUUGCAACUUUUAUGGGAAGCACAAGCCUAGAAGAAUUUAUGCUACCUCUCAUGGUCCAGACUUUGGCAGACUCGGAAGAGAAUGUUGUGCGUUCAGCUCUGCAUUCUCUGGCUCAAAUUGCAGGACUGGGACUGCUGUCUGGGCCAAGAAUCUGGGAGUUGGCUGACUUGGUAGCACGACUUACCAUGCACCCAAACGCAUGGAUUAGAGAAUCUGCAGCUGAAUUCCUAUCUAUGGCUGCCAAGUUCUUAUCAAAGGCCGAUAUCCAGUGCAUAUUGCUGCCAUUGGUCAGACCAUACCUCAAAAUACAUACUCUCUCCGAUUUUUCUGAGCUAAAUCUGCUCGACUCUCUGAAGAAGCCUCUCCCUAGGGCCGUUUUUGACCAGGCACUGACAUGGGCCUCCAAGACUGAUAAGGGAGUCUUUUGGAAAUCUGUUUUGGGAAAGCGGUCGACACCGGGCCAAAUACCACUGGCCUCGGCAGCCCGAUCGUCCAAAGAACUGAUAUCCUCUUCUUUGAGCAAGAUUAACCGCAACGAAGAGGAUGAGCAAUGGCUCGAGAAGCUACGGAAUUUCGGCCUCAAACCCGAAGACGAGUUGAAACUGCUAGCUUUGGGCGAGUACAUCUGGCGACUUAGCAAGAAUAAAGCUCGCGACGCUUUUGUCGUCUCUUCCACAGAGGAAGAGAACAUGCCAACAGGAUUUGUUCAGCUGAAGGAGCUGGGUGUAACGCCGCAGACGGUGUUCUUUGAUGAUACGGCCCUGAAAGAUCCUGCUGCUGUUUUGCCGGAUUUGGAGCCUACACCUCCUGUAACAGAUGAUACACUCGGUAGGCUCUUGUCUCCUACUGGGAGUGGCAGAGCUAGUUCGACGGACUCUAGGAGGGCGAUGACAUCUCCAUUAGGCCCUGGGGAUGACUCUGUUUCUGUCAAGGAUGCAUCUUAUUCUUCUCGCAGAGGCAUCCGCCACCAGUCAAGUGCUCUCAGUCUUUUGGAUCGCAAAGACGGCCACAAGUCCAUCCCGGAGACUGGAACAAGCGAUGCUAAUGCUUUUGGAGAAGUAGAAGGGCCGUUUGCCCAGGCAGUGCCAAUACAGGUUGUUUCUGGGCCAGGCACGGAAGCCGAAGAAAAUGCCCGCCAGAGGCAUGUGCGCCAUAGCUACGAAGGGACAGACCCUCAUAUUCGACGCAUGCUUGACAACAUGUACGUCGAAAACUUCCCUCGCGACGUGCUCGAGUUUGGGCCCAUGGUACAGCCUAUAUCUGGAGAUAAGAGCAGAUCGGUCAAUGUCCCUGGCGCAGACCCUCCUUGGAAGCCGGAUGGCCAUCUCGUGGCGACAUUUGCAGAACACCACGGGCCUAUCAACCGGGUUAUUGCCUCUCCGGACCAUAUUUUCUUCAUUACAGGCGGUAAUGAUGGGACGGUCAAGAUAUGGGAUACACAACGGCUUGAGCGCAACAUUACAAACCGAUCGCGGCAGACUUACAAACAUGCUGAAGGCGCUCGAGUUCUUGCUCUCUGCUUUGUUGAGAAUUCUCACUGCUUUGUCAGUUGUGCGUCUGAUGGCAGCGUUCAUGUAGUCAAGGUUGAUACAGUUCCUACAAGCGGUGUGAUUAGGUAUACAAAGCUACGAGUUUUGCGGGAAUAUCAGCUACCAGAAGGCGAAUAUGCCGUAUGGUGCGAGCAUUUCAAGCAAGAGCAAAGUUCCAUCCUCGUCAUUGCUACGAAUCUGUCAAGAAUUCUCGCCAUGGACUUGCGGACCAUGACUGUGCUCUACAUUCUGGAAAAUCCUGUUCAUCAUGGAACACCAACUUGUUUCUGCAUUGACAAGAAGAGGAACUGGUUGUGCGUGGGGACUUCUCAUGGCGUAGUCGACCUUUGGGAUCUUCGUUUCAAGAUGAGGCUGAAGGGCUGGGGUUUGCCUGGAAAAGGAUCGAUCUAUCGGAUCUGCGUGCACCCUAAUAAAGGAAGAGGCAAAUGGAUCUGCGUCGCUGGAGGAACCGGGCAAGGAGAAGUUACCGUGUGGGACUUGGAAAAGACAACUUGCAGAGAGAUAUACCGGACUGGUCAUACUAAGGAUAGCCAGAAGGGAUAUACUGCGUGGGAAGUCGAUGAGGAUAAGCCCGAAGGGAUGCUUGGCCGGUUUGCGACCAACCUCGAGAUUAGCGACAUGGGCAAUGGAGAUCGUGGAGUUCGGGCGAUGGUUGUAGGCACGGGAACGUCAGAGGACUCUCGCGACGUCCGGCACGCAUACAUGCUCACGGCUGGGUCAGACAAGAUGCUCCGGUUCUGGGACAUUUCGCGGAUCGAGAACUCUUGUAUCUACAGUGGCCUCCAGCCUGAUGAACAGCCGCCUACGUAUACAAGCACGAACCCGACGUCGUCGACGACGCUGAACACGGAGCGGUUCGCGAGGCACGCGGCAUCUUCGCCCAAUGCGGGGACGGCUAGGCAGAAGGCGCCGAGGUCGACGGUGAUUUCGCAGCAGCAGCAGCAGCUGUUGAAAUCGCAUUUGGAUCUGAUUAUGGACGUGGCGAUUUUGGAAUAUCCGUACUCGAUGAGCGUGUCUGUGGAUCGGUCUGGCGUGGUUUAUGUGUUUCAAUAGAAUAAAGUGUUUUCGGCUACUGGAAAAGGAGGAGCGGGUUUUAUGACAUUGGCAUUAGAUGAGUAGAUUUAUGUAUUGGACUCUGGGUUUAGUCUGCUUGGCUCAGAGUGAGGAGGAAUGUCUAAUGCCGAAUAUGGCUGCUGUAGUUUUUAUAUGUGGCGAAAUGGUCAAUGAUGAAUGAGUACGGUUAUACAUUUGGA